CCUUCCCCCGCUCCUCGCCGCCUCCAUUCCUCCCGUCGUCCGACCUCCCCUCCGCAGCCGCCGGAUUCACCGGGAUCUUGUUGCGUUGCUGGUGUAAGCCCCCCCUCCAGAAGAACCGCUCUUGCCCGUCUCUGUCUCCCCGGGAACAGCCGAAGGGGGGUGCGGAGUGAUAAAAAUUUAUGUUUUCAUCAAACCGGACCAAGGAGAAUGGGGGUCCCACACCCAAAAGAAUGAAGACACGACAGAACAAGGACUCGAUGUCAAUGCGGAGUGGACGGAAGAAAGAGACUCCAGGGCCCCGAGAGGAGCUCAGGUCACGGGGUCGAGCUUCCCCCGGCGGUGUCAGCACCUCCAGCAGCGAUGGCAAGGCUGAGAAAUCCCGACAAGCCACAAAGAAAGGUCGGGUGGAGGAAUCCUGCACCCCCAAGGGCAGCAAGCAGGGCCGAACAGAAGAGAUCUCAGAGAGUGAAGGGGAGGACACCAACGCUCCCAAAAAAACCAAAACCGAGGAGUUGCCCUGCCCUCCGUCCCCGUCUGAUGUUGACAGCCUUGACGGCCACAGCUUCAACGAUGAGAUGAGCAGUGACCCACGGGAUAUCGACCAGGAUAACAGGAGCACCUCACCCAGCGUCUACAGCCCUGGCAGCGUGGAGAAUGACUCCGACUCCUCCUCCGUGCUGUCCCAGGGGCCGUCUCACUCCUACCACCACCCUCCACUCUUCCCCCAAAGCCCGCCGGUAGCUCCCCCUCCCGACAGCCUGGCCCGUCCACCCGAGCCCAGCUUCGGGCUGCCGGGUGAGGUGCACCCCCAGGGACCCCCCGCAGGGAGCUACCACUCCCAGCUGGAGGGCCAGGCCUCCCGCAUUUUCCAGGCUCAAGCCCCGCAGGCACCCUCCUCCUCCUCCUCUGCUGUUGCUGCCCCUUCCGCUCCUCCUUCCUCCUCCUCCUCUUCUUCCUCCUCUUCCUCCUCCUCCUCCUCCACCCACGCUCCUCUUUACCCUACAGCCAACGUGGUCCAGGUUGGGGCCAAAAUUGCCGGUGGAGUGGGAGGGCUCCCCGCACCAGGGGGUCGCGAGCAGACCCUCAGCAGCAAGCACAAUCCACCACCCACCACCCCCAUCUCGCUGGCCUCGGUGGUCGGGGGGCUGCCCCCUCAAAAGACGCCCCCAGCCAACCCUCCGGCUGCCCCCCCGGCUUCGGCCCCUUCCUUCCCCCACGUCUCCGCCAAUCUGCCUCCCCCUCCGGCCCUGCGCCCGCUCAACAAUGCGGUGGCUGCCUCCAGCUCCCCGGGGAUGGUGGGGCAGGCCUUGGGCGGCCACCUUUCCUCACCCCACGGGAUGGGGCAGGACAAGGCACCGGCCCUGGCCCCCUCCCGCUACCCUUACGCCCCGCCGCCGCUGCCGCCCUCCAGCUCCUCGGCCCAGUACCCCCAGCCCUCCCCGGCCCAGCCCCUGCCCACCUACAGUGCCUCCUACGGCCACUCAUUCCCCCCGCCCAGCGGCCUCUCGGUGUCCAGCCAGCCCCCCAAGUACACCCAGCCCUCCCUGCCCUCCCAGCCCGUCUGGAGCCAGGGGCCACCACCCUACAGCCGACCCCUGGGCAACGCCGGCUCCCACCCUGCUGCCACCUUCCCCGGCCAGCCCCCCCAUCACCAGCAGCCGCCCCAGCAGCAGCACCACCACGGCCACGGGAGCGGCGGAGGGGUCUCCCCAGCAGCCGCAGCUCCCCCCCAGCCCCCCGGGGGUUACCCCCAUGGCCUGGAGUCAAGCAGCCAUCACUCUUCCCAUGCCACCUAUGGGCUGCGCCUCUACCCCCCCCACAGCCAGGCCGCUUACAGCCAGGCUCCCUCGGCUGCUGCCGCAGCCCCCUCCUCCUCCUCCUCGUCCUCCUCUUCCUCCUCGUCCUCCUCCGCCGCCGCCUCUUCCCAGGGGAGCUACGCCGGCAUGUGCGCUCACCCCCCGGGGCAGAGUCCAGCCACCUACACCUUCCCCCCGCCGCCGCCCCCCUCCCCAGCCCAUGGAGCUGGCCCUCCGGUCACCUCCACUGCCACCACCCUCUCCACCGUCAUCGCCACCAUGGCCUCCCCCUCUGCGGCCCCCUACAAGACCGUCUCACCCCCGGUACCCCCCUCGGCCGUGGCCCCCUAUGGAAAGCGGGCGGCCUCCCCCGUCCCCACCUUCCAGCCCCCGGCCCCCUACAAGCCAGGCUCGCCCCCCGCUUCCUCAGCUGCCCCUUUCCGGGCAGCCACCCCUCCCGGCUACCGGGUGGCCUCCUCCCCCGUGGCGGGGGGCUACAAAGCUCCCUCGCCUGCCCCCUCUGCCCCACCACCCCUACCGGGGAGCAUGGCUGCCCCGGCCCCCCCGCCGCCCCCGCUCCCCCUCAGCGCUGCGCAGAUCAAGCAGGAGCCGUCAGAGGAGUACGAGCCCCCGGAGAGCCCUGUGCCGCCUGCUCGCAGCCCCUCGCCGCCCCCCAAGGUGGUGGACGUGCCGAGCCAUGCCAGCCAGUCAGCCAGAUUCAACAAACACCUGGACCGCGGCUUCAACUCCUGCUCCCGCACGGACCUGUACUUCGUGCCCCUCGACGGCUCCAAGCUGGCCAAGAAAAGGGCAGACUUGGUGGAGAAAGUGCGGCGAGAGGCUGAGCAGAAGGCACGGGAAGAGAAGGAGCGGGAACGGGAACGGGAGCGGGAGAAGGAGCGGGAGCGGGAGAAGGAGCGGGAGCUGGAGAGGAGCGUGAAGAUGGCCCAGGAGGGCCGGCCGGUUGAGUGCUCGUCCCUCGGGCCGGUUCCUCACCGCCCCUCCUUUGAGCAGGGCAGUGCCGUAGCGACUGUUCCCCCGUACCUGGGCCCCGACACCCCAGCUCUGCGCACCCUCAGCGAAUACGCACGGCCCCAUGUCAUGUCCCCCAGCAACCGCAACCACCCUUUCUACGUGCCGCUGGGUGCGGUCGACCCAGGCUUGCUGGGGUACAACGUGCCGGCCAUCUACAGCAGUGAUCCAGCAACGCGGGAGCGAGAGCUGAGGGAGCGGGAAGCCCGCGAACGAGACCUGAGGGACCGGGACCUGCGUGAACGUCUCAAGCCCGGCUUUGAAGUCAAGCCUGCCGAGUUGGAGCAGCUCCACGCCGUGCCAGCUGCUGCCAUGGAUCCGUUCCCACGCCACGGCGGGCUGAGUCUGCAGACGGCCCCCGGCCUUCAUCCCGCUUUUCCCUUCCACCCAGGGCUGGGCCACUUGGAGCGGGAGAGGCUGGCGCUGGCAGCCGGCCCGACCCUUCGUCCUGACAUGUCCUACGCCGAGCGCUUGGCGGCUGAGCGCCAGCACGCCGAGCGGGUGGCUGCUCUCAGCAAUGACCCUCUGGCCCGGCUGCAGAUGCUCAAUGUGACACCUCAUCAUCAUCAGCAUUCCCACAUCCACUCCCACCUCCAUCUCCACCAGCAGGAUGCCAUACAUGCAGCCUCAGCCUCUGUUCACCCUCUUAUCGACCCACUCGCCUCGGGAUCACACCUCACCCGGAUACCAUACCCAGCUGGAACCAUUCCCAACCCUCUCCUGCCUCACCCUCUACAUGAGAAUGAAGUGCUGCGCCACCAGCUUUUUGCUGCACCCUACAGGGACCUGCCGGGCUCGCUCUCCGCACCCAUGUCAGCAGCACAUCAGCUCCAGGCCAUGCACGCACAGUCAGCUGAGCUGCAGCGCCUGGCUCUGGAACAGCAGCAGUGGCUUCACGCCCAUCACCCUCUGCACGGCGUGCCGCUCCCGACGCAGGAGGAUUACUACAGCCACCUGAAGAAAGAAAGUGACAAACCCCUUUAAAUGGACUUCUACUGUCAACAUGACAUCAUCAUGUCUUUCUCUGAGAGGAGCAAUCAAUCAACCAAACCCCGGGGGAGGGGAAGCUGCAGAGUGACACAUCCUGAUCCCACCACGCAGUAGAGCGCAAGAGAAGAGGGGACAAAAAGUACAGGAUGGCAUCCUGGGAGCAGAAAGUGGAGGCGAGAAAACAGGGAGGGACUGAAACACCGCUCACAGACAUGAAACGGUCGGUACGCGAUUUCAGCAGAGCUCUGAGGAAAACAGAAUCAGCAUUGCACAGAGCUCAAAACGACAAAGACCGAUGUGAAUUCAGGAUGGCAGCAGCUCCAUCCUUUGUUUUGGGGGAACACUUGUGUUAAAUAAAAAGCGCAGAGCAUUACAGGACUUGGUGUGCGUGAUGCUGCUGCCUUUUCUGCUUCCGCGAGGAGGAGGUGCGGCCAAGAAGUAACUCAAAACCCAAGAGAGCCUUUUUUCAAGAUGCCUCCUCACACCCCGCCCCCCUUUAGGUGUAAGAUACUGCUUAGCGAUACAGAAAAGCAACGUGGAACUCUUUCGGAUUAGCCAGAGCGGCUUCCCGUUCUCCAACAUCCCUUCAGAGGCAAACACAGCGUUACGGGAGCCCUUCAAAAGCGGCCGCUCCUGCCUGCAGCGGGACAGGUCCCAGCCGUCCGGGUGCAAAGCACCGCGAGACCCUUGGCGAGAUGGUGGCUGCGCUUUCCCACGGCUGGCGGGAAGGGGCACGGCCACGAGGUGCAAAGCACCAGGAGACUCUUUCCAAGACCGCCAUCACCACCGCCACGACCCCCCGGAGCCCCGCGGGGAGAGCUGACGUGGCCGAGCGUUCUGCGUCCUGGGACUGUCUUUAAGAUGGCGGCUGCCCCUUUCCCCUCACCCAUUCUAAUUGAUGUACUUUAACUCAUGCACAUCCUAUUAGACGUGGCAGUUUUAUGUAGCAACUUGUGACUCCCUUGCCCCCCGCGUGCGUGUCUGAUUUCACAGUUGUAUCUCUCGAUUGGUCCCCAUAUAUAUAUUUACUUAACCAUUAGAAGGAAAAGAAAACCAACCAACAACCCAGCUAUGGAAAAACACCCAAACAAAGUUUCCCCACGCACUCCCAAGCCCCAACACACAU